UGGCAGGAAAUGCGGAAGCGUAGCGCGACCGAAGCGAACAAGAAAACGGUCAACAUCUAUUUACGAGUUUCAAAACUCGUUAUAAGACGUUGGUUGAAGUCAGUUUAACGCUUGACGCUUUAGUCAGUAUUGUGGGAACUGAUCUGUUGUUGGUCCGAACAAUUCCUAAGCACUCUGUAAGGAUCAUAAGAGCUUCAUCAUGAGUAAUAUGGGGGAAGACAGUGAUUGUGAAGUGGACAGGAUCAUGGUGGGCCGGCCGCCUAGCAGUUAUGGCUCCAUGAUGAGUGAAGAUCAUGAAGAUCUCGAUGACUUUGAUGAGCCUCCAGUACAAACGCUCAAAGUCAGUCUGGGAGCACAGACAGGGGUCAGACUGUAUCGCUCAGAAUCACCAGAGACAGCGAUUACUGAGCGUACACACACAAAUCGGUCCAGUGUUCACAAAGAGGGAGUGUUCUUGAACGAACAUACCAGCAGCGUGGAGGCAUUUUUGACCCAACAGAGCAUUGACAGAGAGCCUACAACACUGGAGCCGCUGCAGAGCGACUUGAGAACUGACGUUAUAAGAACAGAGCGAGAAACAGAGGAAGAACACCUUGAGAGACAAAUGGAGUUCAAUGAGAGAGACACAGAGGAGGUUAAUGAGGGAGACAUGCAAGUGGAGCAGAAUAAACAAGACGUUCAGGAGGAGAGCAAUGAAAGAGAAAUGGAUGAUGAUUUUGAUGAAAUUGUUGUAGAUUUGGGCUUCUCAGAAUCUGAGCCUCCCCCUCACCCUCCAGAAGGCGUCGGUCUACAGUUUCAACACCCGCACCGCUCCCUCACCCUGCGUCAUGUAUUAAUGGCCAUGGUGAAAAGCCUUCGUCCACUCAAGCCAGGAGAGUUGACUUAUUUUAAACGUAGUCUGUGCAGCCACUACAGAUUCGAGCAUGACUAUGCAACAAUUGCUGAAAUUUCUGAUGCUCUGGAUCUGGCUGAUAAAUUGAUUGAGCUCUGUGGAAUGGGAGAAGCUAUAUAUCUCACUAUACGAUCACUCGAAAACAUCCAAAAGGAUGAUCUGGCCAACACUCUGAGGAAGACCUGUAGAAGAGCCUUGUUACAGCAUGAACUGAGACUGACCCAUGAAAGGCGAUAUUACUCUCUUUAUGAAGGCCGUUGUCGGCCUGGUCAGCAGCGGUUCAUAAGCGACGUCUACGUUGAACCUCUAACAGUCAUCAGAGGCGACGGGGACCCUGUCAACACUGAACAUGAGGUCAGACAGAUACAAUGUACGGUCCAGGAGACCAUGAUCAGGGCUGCUGACAUAUUUCGACCCCUCCCCAAUGAGCAGGAAACAGUCCGUACUGUCAUGAUGACCGGAGUUCCUGGUUCGGGACUGACGGUCGCUGUGAAUAAGUUUAUUAUUGAUUGGAUGGAGGGGAAAACCAAUCAGGACUUUCAGUUUGUAUUCCCGCUGCCAGGUAAGGAGCUACACCUUGGGAAAGAGGGUGACCAGACCUUCCUAGAGAUGCUUGCUACCUUUUUCGCCGAAGCCGAAGACAUCAGAUUCAUAGAAAAGGAUGAUUGCUUAAGUCUCUUCAUCAUUGAUGCUCUAGAUCUUUGUCAUUAUCCACUGGACUUCCAAAACAACGAGACUGUUACAAGCGUUCGCACCAAAGCAUCCGUGGAGACCCUGAUUAUCAGCUUGAUCAAGGGUACAAUGCUUCCUCACGCCCGAGUUUGGAUCACUAGCCACAGAACUGCUGCUCACAAAAUUCCCCCACAGUUCAUCAGCAGGUUUGUAGAGUUGAGAGGAUUUACAGAUGAACAGAAGGAGAUCUACUUCACCAAGAGAACCAGCGAGCCCCAGCUUGGUAGGAAAGUUUUUAACCACAUGAAGCGUUCCAGAGCUCUCCAAAUCAUCUGCCACCUUCCUCUCUUUAGUUGGAUGGUGGCGUACAUCUUCGAACGAUCAUUCCGCGACCCUAAAUUUGGUGAACACCCACCUGGCAUCACAAAUUUCUAUCCACAGUAUGUCAUUGUCCAGAUGAACCGAUCGUUUGAGAGGUACCGAGGAUCAAGUGUAGAGGCACAACGAUGGAAGGAUGAAGAUAAGAUGUUUCUCGAGAAGAUGGGGAAGAUGGCAUUUCGCAUGCUUCAAGAUGGACGGGAAACAUUCAGCGUCGAUGAUUUACAUGCCGUGGAUCUGAAAUAUGAAGAUUUGUGCACUCGGGAUGAAAUAACCACCGAGGUCAAACGUACCAGUGAAGACCAGCGGACGUGGCUCUUUAAGUUUGUGCACUAUACUUUUCUGGAGUUCAUGGCGGCGAUGUACGCAUACGUGGCAUUCAGGAAACAUGGAAAAAAUGUGUUUGAAUCGAAAAACCCGUUAUCCAAGAUGUUAAGCAAGGAUCGUCCAAUGAUUGAGCUGUACCGUCCAGCAAUCGACCGUGCACUGAGCUCCCAGAACGGUCACCUGGACAUGUUUCUGCGGUUCCUGGUCGGAUUAAUAACGCCAGGAACCGAGGGACACCUACGUGGAUACCUGCUCAAUCACUACCAUCCGAAACCCAAAGGAACGGAGGAAGUGGUCAAAUACAUCCACAAAAAGAUCAAGGAAAAUGUCCAUCCUGACAGGUGCAGGAACCUGGAAUUGUGUCUGGUGGAACUGGAAGAAGGCAAAAAUGACAGCUGAGAAGAAAAAGGCGGGAAAGUGUCUCUUGAGCUGCACCUUACGUCUGGGACUAUUGGAUACAUUUGACAUCAUGGGACAGUAAAACACUAAACUAAACAGUGUCCUGGACAAAUAUACCAAUGAAAGGGGUAGUUCCCUUAAAAAUGUUACUUUGGUCAUCUUUUACUCUCCCUUGUGACGUUCCAAACUCGUAUGAAUUUCUUUCUUCUGUGAAACACCAAUGGACACGAUUGAAGAAUGUUAACGUAAUGCUUUCCCAUACAAUGAAAACACUGUAUGGAUAUUAAAUUUGAGAGCUUUGGUGGAGAAGAAGAUUUUCAACGAAUAACGACAAAAUAUCUCCUUUUGUGUUUCACGCAAGAAAGAAACCCAUGUGGGCUUAGAACAACAAAGGUGAAUAGAUGAUGUAAGAAUUUUCAUUUUUGGGUGAAUUAUUCCUGUAUGUCUUUUUGGUGCUGAGAACAGAAGACGAUGAUGUUCUGAUGAUGUUUUUGCAUCAGUCCUUUUCUAAAAAACAAACAAAACUACUAACAAAUGUUACCUGCAGCUGAUGAAGAAUAAGAGGAUUUGAAUAGACAAUAAUAGAACAAUAAAUAAAAUAAUUGCGUGCAUACAGCUUUUUUUAGAGCUUCCAAAGGGUCCGGCAUACACUAUUGAUCAACAAACACUGCUUAUCAGAUUAUCCAGUAGUACCCAAAGCAAAAGGCAAAACUGUAUUAGCUGUAGGGCUUGGCAAAAUAGCAAAAAAAUUAUAUGAUUUGAUGAUAUUCGAGAUAUAUACACACACACACACACACACACACACUGUAUAUUUAUAUAUGUGUAUAUAAUUCAUGUAUUUGCUCUGAAAUGGCUUUAAAGGGAUAUUCCAGGUUCAAUACAAGUUAAGUUCCUUUGACAACAUUUGUGGCAUAAUGUUGAUUACCACGAAAAUUAAUUUAGACUUUUUUCUUUUUGUUUAAAAAAAAAAAUCAAGGUUACAGUGAGGCACUUACAGUGGAAGUGAAUGGGGACAAUCCAUGAAUUUUAAAAUACUGUUUCAAAAGUAUAGCCACAAGAUGUAAACAAUUUGUGUGUUAACUUGAUUUUAGGGUGAUAAAAUCACUUUUCUGUGUAAAGUUGAAGUCAAUUUUACAACUUCAUUGCCAUGAUGAGGUGUAAACUCUAAAACAACCGUAAAAACGAUGAUUUAAUCAACUUUACAGCUUUUUUUUCUUCUCUCCCCUUUUCUCCCCAAUUUGGAAUGCCCAAUUCCCAAUGCACUCUAAGUCCUCAUGGUGGCAUAGUAAUUCGCCUCAAUCCGGGUGGCGGAGGACAAAUCUCAGUUGCCUCCGUGUCUGAGAUCAUCAGUCUGCGCAUCUUAUUACGUGACUUGUUUAGCGCGUUACUGUGUGUGGAGGCUUCACACUAUUCUCCGCGGCAUCCACGCAGAACUCACCACGCGCCCCACUGAGAGCGAGAACCACAUUAUAGCGACCACGAGGUUACCCCAUGUGACUCUACCCUCCCUAGCAACCGGGCCAAUUUGGUUGCUCAGGAGACCUGGCUGGAGUCACUCAGCACACCCUGGAUUCGAACUCGCGUCUAGUAAGCAUCUUUACUCGCUGAGCUACCCAGACCCCCCUUAUUUCUGACUUUUAAAAAUUGGCCCCCACUUCAAUUGUAGGUGCCUCAUUGUGAACCCAGAUAUUUGUUUUCUUUUCUUUUAGGGAGGUACGAGUCAAAACUUUUUUUUUGUGGUAAUCUUAUGCCACAAAUGCUGUUGAUUGAGCUUAACUUGUAUUGAACCCAAAAUGUUCUCUCACUGUUUACAUUCAUGUAGACGUAUAUGACCGUUUGUAUUAAUACCUCACCAAGACAGGCAUUUUCAUUGAAUAUUUUAAUGCAUUUUACCACUUGGUCAUGUAUCCGCGGUACCUCUGCGAGCACUCCCGAAUCACACGCGCACAGAGCGCACACACAUAAGCCACCUGUCAAUCAGUCAAACGCGCUGGUACCAAAAUAAUGAAAUAAAAAGUAAUCUUUAAGUUUCCCGUUAUUUGUAUAGUUUAUUUCUCACUCUUAUUAGACCUGUUAAGGCAGUCAACCAGUGGUUGUCUUAUAAUGGACAUAAUAAACACCUCUGGCACAGAGUAAAAGAUCGAUCUUGUUAUUUUAAGAAUUUAUGGAAUCAUUCAAAAGAAGAUCGCAAAUUAUCGUUUUUUUUUUUUUUACCCAGCCUUAGCUAAAUAUCAUCAUAUCGUUUUCAUAUAUUCAAUAUAUUACCGAGCCCUAGUAAACAGUUAAUAUGGUUAUUCAGUUACGUUUGUGUGUUUCACUAUGCCGUUUAGACAAGUAUACUGAAUGGAGACAUUCAUUUAGGUGUGUGUUUUAAUGUUCCUAUGAUGUUACUGAAUGGAUACGCAGACUUCAUUUGAGAAUGCAGAUUUUUUCCCAACAUUAUGAAUAUGGCCUUGCAUAGAAAUCAUGUUGCAUUCAACUGUGUAACAGGCAUGUUUGUAAAAUGAGCAUUUGUUAUUUUUCAGGUUCAUCACAAAAUAUUGAUAAGAUGGAUUUCUUUGUGUCAUUGCUUCACAUUUAUGCUCCAGAAAUAAAUCAUGUAGUUACCGAUUCAGAAAUCUUUGAAAAGUCUUGAGACGUGCGGAAUGGUAUUUGAGUUGAAUGGAUUUGGGCCACUAUGGUAUUUAAUGUAUAUUUUCUGGGCUGCAGAGCCCAAUGUUGUGAGCUCAAGUCCUGCAAAGGGCUUUUUAUGAUUUAUCACCAUUGUGUUCUUUAGCAAGAUGCCCUAGGGAGAUUGUCCCUGUAAUAACAAUGUGCUGCCAAUUGUGAAAGCAUUUGCUAAAAAUGAAUAAUAAACAUGUCCUCUUGUAGUGGUGAAUAGAUGCAUUUAUUCCACUAAUGAAAACAAAAUAUUUACUGUAGAAAGAUGUUUCCUAGUGCACAUUCAGUCGGCUUCCAGUAGGCUUAAUAAGCUACUUUUCCUGAUAUUUAAUUAGGAUCUUAUACAUUUUGAAAUGUCCUCUAGUACAAUAGUCAGUGAUGCGAACUACUCACUUUUUGGCUAAAGUAAAUUUUGUUCUUAAGCUAAUUUUCCCAGAUU